GCAGCAGCAGCGGGAACCUGAAGUGGAAGGCUCGUGGAGUCGGGAAGAACUAGGAGCAGGAUGAAGGUGAAGAUGCUGAGCCGGAACCCGGACAGCUAUAUCCGAGAAACCAAACUGGACUUACAGAGAGUUCCAAGAAACUAUGAUCCUACCUUACAUCCUUUUGAGGUCCCACGAGAAUAUGUAAGAGCUUUAAAUGCCACCAAACUGGAACGGGUUUUUGCGAAACCGUUCCUUGCUUCCCUGGAUGGUCACCGAGACGGAGUCAGUUGCUUGGCAAAACAUCCGAAGAGUCUGGCUACUGUCCUUUCUGGGGCAUGUGAUGGAGAGGUUAGAAUUUGGAACUUAACUAAACGAAAAUGUGUUCAUACGGUACAAGCACAUGAAGGUUUUGUACGAGGAAUAUGUGCUCGCUUUUGUGGGACUUCCUUUUUUACUGUUGGUGAUGACAAAACUGUGAAGCAGUGGAAAAUGGAUGGACCGGGCUAUGGAGAAGAGGAGGAACCAUUGCAUACAAUAUUAGGAAAGACAGUAUAUACAGGAAUUGAUCAUCACUGGAAAGAAGCUGUUUUUGCCACAUGUGGACAGCAAGUAGACAUUUGGGAUGAACAAAGAACGAGUCCUGUAUGUUCAAUGACUUGGGGAUUUGACAGUAUAAGCAGUGUUAAAUUUAACCCAAUUGAGACAUUUCUCUUGGGAAGUUGUGCUUCUGACAGGAAUAUUGUACUAUAUGAUAUGAGGCAAGCUACUCCUCUGAAAAAGGUCAUCUUAGACAUGAGAACAAAUACAAUUUGCUGGAACCCUAUGGAAGCUUUCAUUUUUACUGCAGCAAACGAAGAUUACAACUUAUAUACUUUCGAUAUGCGUGCACUGGACACUCCUGUAAUGGUACAUAUGGAUCACGUAUCUGCGGUGCUUGAUGUGGAUUACUCUCCCACUGGGAAAGACUUUGUGUCUGCUAGUUUUGAUAAAUCUAUUCGAAUCUUUCCUGUGGACAAAAGUAGAAGCAGGGAAGUCUAUCAUACAAAGAGAAUGCAACAUGUUAUCUGUGUAAAAUGGACUUCUGACAGCAAGUACAUUAUGUGUGGAUCUGAUGAAAUGAACAUUCGUCUAUGGAAAGCUAAUGCUUCUGAAAAGUUGGGUGUGCUUACGUCACGAGAAAAAGCAGCCACAGAUUAUAACCAGAGGUUAAAGGAGAAAUUUCAACAUCAUCCUCACAUAAAACGUAUCUCUCGUCACCGACAUCUACCAAAAUCUAUCUACAGCCAGAUUCAGGAACAGCGCAUCAUGAAAGAAGCUCGUCGACGAAAGGAACUGAAUCGUAUCAAACAUAGCAAGCCUGGAUCUGUGCAGAGGGUAUCAGAGAAGAAGAAACGCGUAGUGGCAGUUGUGAAAUAAUAUUUGGUAUUCCUACCAAUACUGAUGUAUAAGUAUUUGUUAUGUUUUGAUUUGUGAACCCUACAAAUAAAAGUACUGGCUCUAGUAUAGCAAUGAGUGUUUUAGUUGUAUGUGUAGAGCUUAAUCAUUGCACAUUUUUGCUAUCCUGAAAAAUUAUCUUUAAAUGUGACCUGGUCGAUAAGACUAUCCAACAUUUUAUUCCUGAUCUUCUUUCUUACUGCAUUAAAGAAUACAGUAUUUACAAA